UAAUAUUAAUGAUACUAUUCUUCAAUUUAUUCUGGAUGAUUUAUUUAUUUACUUGGUGCAUCUGCUUUUGAACUUUUAUCCCUUUUUUUUCUAGGUAAAGAAGCAUAUCAAAGAGACCUAAUCAGUACCCUCGCCACUCUCUUCAUCUUUUGCCAUGCUUGUCUCUCGCUCUUGUCAGUCGUUGACCCCACUCGUGGUCUCCCUCCGCCCUUUCUUCCUCAGCUCAAGCCCUUUCCUCUCCCCCUCCCCCUCCCCCUCGACAUCCCACCUCCUCAGUAAAAAUGAUAUUUAAUAAAAGAUGUUCCUAAAUUCUCGAAAGAGUGACAUCUUCGCGUAUAAAAAGCCCAAAAUCUAAGAUUUUUUUGAUAAAUAACUCAUUUAUUUUUCUAUUUAUUUUUUAAUUCUAUCUUAGGUUUUGAACGGCAGAGGUUUUCUUCCGCCCACCGUUCUUUUCGGUUGACCUCUCCACGCUAAUAAAAAAGGCAAAAAAAGAGAGAAUAUUGCAGCAUUUCCCGAUGUAAACGGAGUAUCGCGAAUGUUCCCAUUCGUUUGCUGCUUCCAACAUAUUUCUCCGAUCUCCGAUCCCAAUUCCGGAACCCUAGCUUUUCGAUCCCACCCGCUUCCCAUGGCGCUCAAGGCCGUGCACGUCUCCGACGUUCCCACUCUCGAUCAGGUCCCGGCGGCCCCCACCGUCGCCCUCUCCUCCUCCCUAACGCGCCUUUUCAAAGGAGCGGCGGAGAGGCUAGUGGUGAUCGGGCAUCGGGGGAAGGGGAUGAACGCGCUGGCGUCGCCGGACCGGCGGCUGAAGGAGGUCAAGGAGAACUCGCUCCGCUCCUUCAACGAGGCCGCCCGCUUCAACAUCGACUUCGUCGAGUUCGACGUCCAGGUGACCAAGGAUGACUGCCCCAUCAUCUUUCAUGACAAUCUCAUACUCACCGAAGAACAUGGAAAUCUGUCCGAGAAGCAUGUCACUGAUCUGUGCUUGGGAGAGUUCCUUUCCUAUGGACCGCAAAGAGAUCCUGCGAAGGUGGGGAAGCCAUUGCUUCGGAAGACCAAAGACGGGAGGAUUCUGACCUGGGACGUCGAAGCAGACGACCCGUUCUGCACGCUGCAGGAUGCAUUCCAAGGCGUUGAUUCCCAUCUGGGCUUCAACAUCGAGUUGAAGUUCGAUGACCAUGUCAUCUACAAAGAAGAACAGCUUGCUCAUGCUCUUCGAGUCGUCUUGCGAGUUGUGUUCGAGUUCGCCGAGGAAAGGCCGAUCGUCUUCUCCAGCUUCCAGCCCGACGCCGCACGGCUAAUGCGUGGACUCCAGAACGUCUACCCCGUAAGCAGAGUUCCAUCUCAUCGUCGUUUCAGGGCAUGCAAUCUGAUUUCUCAGGUACCGACGCAGGUGUUCUUCCUCACCAAUGGAGGAACGGAGAUGUACAGAGAUGCAAGGAGGAACUCCUUGGACGAGGCAAUCAAACUGUGUAUGGCAAGCGGCUUACAAGGAAUAGUAUCCGAAGUGAGAGCCUUCUUCAGGAAUCCAGCAGCUGUAGCAAGGAUCAAGGAAUCCAAUCUCGCACUCUUAACAUACGGACAGCUAAACAAUGUGCCUAAAACAGUGUACAUGCAGCAGCUGAUGGGGGUUAAUGGCGUAAUCGUAGACUUGGUGAAGGAGAUCACUGAGGCUCUCAGACCUCAUCCCAUGCAGCUGAAGUGAAGGACGCUUUAAGGCCUAACAUAAUAUGAUGUAGGCUUUUGUGUACAUUCUAUUGUGUGACAAAAGUGUUGACAUUUGGAAGCAAUUGUUGUAUACUAUUUUUGUAUUUGAUCUAAUGUUAGAGCUUAUCUCAACCAGUAGAUGACAAGCACAGGAUAAAUGUAUUUUGCUUUCUAUGAUGAACAUCAAGGAUAAAUUAAUUAUUUAUCUUAUGAUGAGUUUGUUGUA